CCUCUAGGCUCCUGCAUGGGUCUGGAGGUGGGUGAGUGACUCACGAGGGUGCCCUCCCCACUCCUACAUCCAAAUGCUCAGCCCUUCCCAGAGCCAGGGCUCACCUAAUCCCCACAGUGGGAGUCAGGGGGCAUCCACGCCUGUGCUGAAGGCUAAGGUUGCACAGUGGUAACUUCACACUCUGCAGCAUGUGUAGCUGAGGCCUCUACACAGCAGUCUCCUCCUGCAAGGCGGGCAGCGAGGUCGGCUUGGCAGGUAUCGCCUCUCUAGCCAGGAUCCAGCCUCAGGCCACUGGUGCCCCAGGACCUGAGGAGAGAUGGCUGAACAAGAAGGCAGUGGCCUGCAGAUGCUGCUGCACACGCUUCAGAACUCCUCUGACAAAGCAUCAAUCCUGGCCAUCCUCCAGGUCCUCAGUGAUCUGCUUUCUGUUGGCACAGACCGGAGGAUUUACUACAUGAUCAGCAAAGGUGGCAGUGAAGCCCUUCUGCAGACUCUGGUGGACACAGCAAGGUCCCCUUCUCCUGACUAUGACAUCCUUCUUCCUCUCUUCAGGCUGAUGGCCAAAGUUGGCCUAAGAGAUAAGAAGUUUGGACAGAAGGCACUGGAAUUAGAAGCACUUGAUGUGACCUUGAUUCUGGCCAGGAAAAACCUGUCUCACAGCCACAACCUCCUCCACUGUCUCUGGGUGCUGCGUGUGUUUGCCUCUAGUGUCACCACAGGAGCCAUGCUGGGAAUUAAUGGAGCAAUGGAGCUGCUCUUCAAGGUCAUUUCUCCUUACACCCGAAAGCACACCAGGACAAUCAGGGCAGCCACUGAAGUUCUGGCAGCAUUGCUGAAAUCCAAGUCUAACAGCCGCAGGGCAGUGAACAGACGCUAUGUCACCAGCUUGCUCAGGCUACAUCAGGAUUGGCACAGCCACGAUGUCACCGACACCUACGUGCUGAUCCGCCACGGGCUCCUGCUCUGUCUCAGGCACAUUGUCACCCUCCGGUCCGGCAGGGAGGCCUUCCUGGCAGCCCAUGGCAUGGAGACUCUCUUCAGCAUUGCACAGACCUGCCUGGAUAAGAAGAGCAUGGAACCUGUGACCUGUGUGGUGCUUCAGAUCCUCAGGCAAUGCUACCCCGAGAGUCCACUUCCCCUGGUCACAGCCACUAGUGCCUACACCUUCCCAGCUCCCGGGAGCACCAGCUCAGGGCUUCCACAAGCUCCAACUGAAGAAGAUUUUGAAGAUGAUGGUGAGGAGGAGAUUGACAAAGACUCAGAUGUGGAGGCUGUGAAAGAAGAUGAUGACUUGGAAACUGAUAUGAACAAACUGAGUUCUAAACCUGGUCUUGACCGACCUGAGGAGGAGCUGGCACAAUAUGAUGCUAUGUGUCCCGAGCUCUCCUGUAGCUUUGAGGAAUUAGAACCCAAAUAUGGAGAUGAUUUGACCCUCGAGGACACGCUGUAUGCCAAUCACAACCACAUUCCAAGUGCUGCCUCUCUAAGACAACAGUGCUUCAACAGGGAGCACAGUUCCUGGGGACGAGGAAGAGAAGACACAGUCCACACUUCCAUUCUGGACAUGGUGAAGUCGGGGAAGUCCAGGAUACAGCCGUCCUCCAAACAAAGGCAUCUAACAAAUGCGAACCAAAGUAUACAACAAAAUGGCUUGGGGAUAGAUUCUUCUGGACACGAUACCUCUGGCACCCAGGCUUCCCUAGAAGAGGCCGCUUGGGACAUAGAAUCAAUUUCUUGCCCAAGGAUAACUUCCUCAUUUUCCAACCUCCCUGAGCCGGAGGAAAGCAAAGAAGCUGUAGAGAAGCUUCUGCACACACAUACCAAGCACAUACCUUUCCAUGAUCCUCAUCUUUAUAUGGCCCACGCCAUGAGAACCAGAUCUGCUGUGGGAUUUGACACGAUGGCAUUUCCUGAUUUCUGGGGCCACUGUCCACCUCCCACUGCUCAGCCCAUGCUGGAUCGCAAAUGGGGAGUACAGAGGAUCAAGAUCCUUGAGGAUGUCCGGAGGUUCCUCCAGCCAAGUGAUGUUAUAAACAAAGUUGUCUUCAGUUUAGAUGAGCCUUGGCCCGUGCAAGGUCCCAUUUCUGAUUGCUUAAGAUUCUACUCCAAGUUUGAAUCAGGAAAUCUUCGAAAAGCCAUCCAAGUGCGCGAGUUUGAGUACGACUUGUUGAUCAAUGCUGAUGUGAAUAGCUCCCAGCACCAGCAGUGGUUCUACUUCCAGGUGAGCGGCAUGAGGGCUGCCAUCCCUUACCGCUUCAACGUCAUCAACUGUGAGAAACCCAACAGCCAGUUCAACUAUGGGAUGCAGCCGACUAUGUAUUCUGUGAAAGAGGCUCUUCUCGGCCGACCUGCCUGGAUACGGACAGGCUCUGAAAUUUGUUACUACAAAAACCACUAUCGUCUGAAUGCAGCUACCGUGGACGGAGCAUCUGGGAAGCACUAUUACACCCUCACCUUCGCUGUCACCUUUCCACACAAUGAGGAUGCCUGCUACCUGGCCUAUCACUAUCCCUACACCUAUUCCAGCCUCAUGACUCACCUUGAAAUUCUGGAGAGAAGCAUUGAUCCCAGGCAAGUCUACUUCCGGCAAGACAGUCUCUGCCAGACGCUGGGAGGGAAUCCGUGUCCAUUGGUGACUAUUACUGCCUUUCCUGAAUCUAACAGUGCCCAGCAUCUGGAGCAGUUCCGCUGUCGUCCAUAUCAGGUGAUCACAGCCAGAGUUCACCCAGGAGAGAGCAAUGCCAGCUGGGUGAUGAAGGGGACCUUGGAGUUUCUGGUCAGCAAUGACCCUGUGGCAAAGCUCUUGAGGGAAAACUUCGUGUUCAAGAUCAUCCCUAUGCUCAACCCAGAUGGUGUCAUCAAUGGCAAUCACAGAUGCUCAUUGAGGGGCGAGGAUCUCAACAGACAGUGGCUUCUUCCCCAAGCUCAUCUUCAGCCAACCAUCUACCAUGCCAAAGGUCUCCUACACUAUCUGAGCAGUAUUGGCCGGGGGCCUGUGGUCUUCUGCGAUUUCCAUGGUCACUCCCAAAAGAAGAAUGUAUUCCUUUAUGGCUGCAGCAUGAAGGAAACUCUGUGGCAAGCAGGCUGCACUGUGGGUGGAGCUGCCCUCCUGGAGGAUGUCAGCUACAGAAUGCUUCCUAAAAUCCUGGACAAGCUAGCACCAGCAUUCACCAUGAACAGCUGCAGCUUUCUGGUGGAGAAAUCACGAGCCUCCACUGCCCGGGUAGUGGUAUGGAGAGAGAUAGGAGUUUCCAGAAGCUAUACUAUGGAGAGCAGCUAUUGUGGCUGCAACCAGGGCCCCUACCAGGAUCUACAGUUUGGUACCAGUGAACUGGAGGAAAUGGGAGCCAUGUUCUGCUUGGGCCUCUUCAUCUUGGAGCUGAAAUCUGCAGGCUGUAGCCAUGAGCUCUUGGCUCGAGCUACAACUCUGCUGAAUGCAGAUGUUCUGGACCACUACCUCCAGCGAUGUGGCAGCAGCAGCAGUAGCAACAGCAGAUCCUCUGAGGUCGAUGAUGAACCAUCCUGCAUGGAGGAGAUUAACUACAGUGCAGAUAGCAGCUCAGACCCAGAACCCAACUUCACUGAGCUGGACCGGCAGAUCCAGGAGUGUGCCUUUCACAAGGAUGAAGAAGAGGAAGAAACAGGGUGGAGAAGAAGAUCUGUCCCCCAGUCCUGAGGUUCAGUGCCAGCUCUGUGUCUCCAGCCAUUGGAUUAAUGGCCAUCACAUAGCUUCUUCACUAUUAGAUAUAUAGCAUCUAAGCUAGUAGAAAAACUAGUCUGUGUGGGCUUAGCUAUCUUCUUUGUAUUGUUGUUCUAGUUUUACCAUGCAUAGAAUCUGGAUAUGUCAUAAGAUUUUAUGUAUACAGCAUGCUAUCAUUGCACUUAUAUUUGGACAUGGGCAGUGUUUUCAGGAUUGCCAUGGAUUCUCUGAUCUCAGCUCUCCACCAGUCCUGAGCCUGACACAGAAGGAGAUUAUAACCAGAGAAGAGGCUUCUCUUUCUGGGUUCUCAGAAAGAGUUCUAAGUGGUUAAGUUACUCCACGUAUGGAUGGUUUCUCAAUAGCAUAGCAUUUGAGCUUGCAGCACAGACAUGAAGCCUACUAAGAUCCUGAAAGGCUUGGCAGUUUCUCAGGUCCUGGGUAAAUGAAUAUAAAAGCCCAUGAGACCAAGUCACAGAAAGUAUCACCUUCGAUGCUCUAUAACAAUCUACAUUUUACAGAGGUUAGAGAGGCCAGCAGCUGGGCUAUAUUCUGUGGUAAACAAUAUAAUCACUGGUCUUCACAGAUCUCAAAUUUGUUCAAACACGAUGGAGAUAGAAGAUGUGUGCUGGGAAAUCCAUUCAUUAUAGAAUCAGACAGACAGAUGUGGUUCAUAUCCUGCAUCUGGCAGUGACUUGUUCUGAAAACUUAAGUAAGUAAUUACAUGUCUCUAAACUUCAGGGUUUUUAUAUGUGCCAUGGGAAUGGACAUAUCUAUAUCACAAAGUUAUGGUAAAGAUGAAAUAAAAUCAUAUAUGAAAGUGUACAACUUGGCACCUGCUCCACACUAACACUAGCUCAUAGCACAUUUCCCACCCACAACAGAGAAUUUUAUAUAAGUAUUUGCACAGUUAUGAGCAAAUGCUCUCUGGGGUCUGGGGUCACAUGACUGUAAAGUACUUCUUCCUGGAAGAGAUCUGCAAAGGAAGCCACAGAAGAGAAUGGAGGCAUUGUGGAGGCUUAACAUAGGGGAAAAUGGUAAAGGGUCGUUCAGCACACAGAGGAAAACGGCUUUGAGACUGAACUGUGAGAUGAACAGGGCCAGUGAGAGAAAGCCCAAGAAACCUGGGGAUACAGACAAGAAUGGAACAGAAAAUGUAUAGUGCAUUUACUGUAUAGUUGCCAUUCAUAUUUUGUUAGGGUUGGAUUUGGCUAUGAGAAGGAAAUUACUAAAUAGUGGAAGAUUUCCUAGGUGCUUUUCUUUCAUAUGGAAUUCCAUAUGUAAAGAUGAGUUGGAGCUGGUGUUAUAGAAGCUUGGUAUUAGAGAUCCAGCAUCUGCUACUUCGUCAGAUUUCGAACUCUGAGUUGUAGCUUUUACUCUUAAGCUAGAAUGGCUGCAGAAGCAUCAGCCUUUGCAUCUGCAUCCCAUAUGUCAUCACGAACAACAACCAAAAAAAAAAAAAAAUGGAAUUUGCUCUCUACCCUCCAAAAAUUCACACCUAACAUUUUGCUUAAUCCCAGCCAGAGAGCACACAGAUGACAAUGAGGGAGGUUGAAAACUGACUGUCUUGAGAUAGUUGCUGACAUUUGAAUUUUUAAAACAAAAGAAACAGACAAUACUGCAUAUUUGAUGUUAACUGCCAAAGAUGCAUUUCAUAAUCUGUUCCCCGACUCCAGAUAGUUUUUGAAUUAGUUAAAUAAUAACAGAAAAACCUCAGAGACAGCCAAAGGGCAAGAUGCUGCCUCAGUUUAGCACCAAGUUGUAGAAGAAAGGCAUGCCCCUUGCAAUUUAGAGAUGUCGCAUUGUUGGUAUUCUUUUCCUUUUACAUCUAUUAUACCUCUAUUUUAAAUUCUUGCUACAUCUCAGGAAAACCAUUCUUUCAAUUAAUAAAUUCAGUGUUCUGUAAUAUACAUGUAAGGUUUAAGGGAGAAAAAAAACCAGGAAGACAAUUCAAAUUCCAGGCUCACAGCAUCUUUUAACAUCGCUUGUAUUCAUCUUCCUAUCUUCCCACUCUCAAUAAGAAGAUCAAAGAACUUGCUCCUGGAUUUCCAUUGACUUGAGGAGUGAAAGAUAUAAUCCUGUUGAAAUAUAAAUACCGGAAAGGGCAGGGAAAAGAGUGGUCUUCAUCAGAAUUAGCACCCCUGUCUUAAUUACUUCAAGGUUUAGUUUAUAGUCAUCUAACUCAACGGUGAGUGACCAGGGCAAGGUUAGCUUCUGAAGGAAGAAUUUUAGAAAACAUCCAGGACAUGGAAUAUUCAUUGAUCUAUCUGUGCAAAGAAGGGCUCUAAAGCACCUAUUAUAUGCCAUAUACUCUACUAAGCUCUACAAAUGCAGGUGGAAGAGAUUAUAUCUUCAAGUUCAAAACUCAUUUGAGAUGUGUGAACAAUAAACAUUUUAUUUUAUUAUAUUGGUAUGGACCAUGAUGAAAUUACACAAAUGAUAAUAUGAAAAAUAUUGACUCUAAUAUGGAUAUUUGUAUUGGUAAAAUUCUGUCAAAAGAAGAUCAUAAUUGUUACUAUUGAAAGGUAUCCCAAGUUUAUAGGCAAAAAAAA